AUGGCUGCGGCGGCGGGGGCAGCUGUGGCGGCGGCGACGGCCGAGCCGGACGACGGGCCUCUCUUGCCAGGCCCUCCCGUGGGACGACGGGCCGUCUGCUCCCGACCCUACUUCGUCGUGCUGAUGGUGUUCGCGCAUCUCUACGUGAUCAACGUGCUGGGCUUGCUGCUCUUCGUGCAUAUCAGCUCCGACGAUGGUGGGGAGCCGGAGCCGAGGAAAGAGGCUCAGCCUGGCCCCGUCCAGGAUGCGCCCCCCGUCCUACCCGUUUCUGCGGGCAACUUGGACCCUCAGGCUCUGCCUCGCCUGCAGGGCAUUAAGGUGGGCCAUAAACAGAAGUUGCAACUGGUUCCUAACAAAAUCCAUGUUAUGAAAACUCUCAGCUUGAAACCACUUCUUUUUGAAAUCCCAAAUUUCCUGAGUGAAGAUGAAUGUAAAUUAAUUGUACAUUUGGCUCAGCUGAAAGGACUACAGAAAAGCCAGAUUUUGCCCACAGAAGAUUAUGAAGAAGCUAUGGAAAUGAUAGAUAUCAGCCAGAUGGAUAUCUUCAAUCUGCUAGAUCACAACCAGGAUGGACAGCUGCAACUUAAGGAGGUGCUGACACAUACCCGCCUAGGAAAUGGCAGGUGGAUGACACCUGAGAGCAUCCGGGAGAUGUAUGAUGCAGUCAAAGCAGACCCAGAUGGCAAUGGUGUUCUGAGUUUGGAAGAAUUUAAACAAUUGAACAUUCGAGACUUCCACAAGUACAUGGGUAGCCGAAAAGUGAAAAUGAGCGAUCUGGUGCGGAACAGCCAACAUACAUGGCUGUACCAAGGUGAGGGGGCACAUCAGGUCAUGCGCUCCAUACGACAAAGGGUAAUUAACUUAACCCAUCUGCCACCAGAGAUUGUGGAGCACAGCGAACCGAUGCAGGUAGUCCGCUAUGACCAGGGAGGGCAUUACCAUGCUCAUAUGGAUAGUGGACCAGUGUUUCCUGAAACUGCCUGUAGUCACACCAAACUGAUUGCCAAUGAAAGUGCUCCCUUUGAGACAUCUUGCCGGUAAGCCUAGAAACUGAAGAUAGAAUGAUUUCUUGGCUAUCUUAUAACAGUUUUCACCUGUUGCUUUUAGGAUAGCAAGUAUUGUUCUCUUUCUUACAGCUAUGUGACAGUACUGUUCUACCUAAAUAACGUGACGGGAGGAGGUGAAACCACUUUUCCUAUUGCAGAUAACAGGACUUAUGAAGAGCUAUCUCUAAUCCAGAAUGACGUUGAUCUACGUGAUACUCGAAAGCACUGCGAUAAGGGAAAUCUACGUGUAAAACCUCUGCAAGGCACUGCUGUUUUCUGGUAUAAUUACUUGCCUGAUGGGGAAGGCUGGGUUGGUGAUAUUGACGAAUACUCCUUACACGGAGGCUGUUUGGUCACUGAAGGAACCAAGUGGAUUGCCAACAAUUGGAUUAAUGUUGAUCCCAAUAAGAGGCGACAGCUCCAGUUCCAGGAGGAAAUGGCUCGAUAUAUCAACAGUGAAAAUGAGGACCAAAGCGAAUGGACCGUGGACAAAUCCUACAGCAAUGUGCAUGUAGAGCUGUAAUGUUUGGAGAUGCCUCUUGGUCGACUUGAAAGCACCUUUUUUGCACUAGCCAUUUGCAGCUCUUCUAUUCUCCCACGUUUCCCAAUGAUUAUGUUUCUUCAGAGAAUGUAGGGUUGCCUAUCUAGGUAGAUUGGGGAAAGGAAAAGCGGGGCACCUAAUGCAGUCUGAGGGAAAAGGGAUUAUUUGGCGGGAAGGGACCGUAGCUGAGGGCAUAUUUUGAUUUAAUGGCUGGCUUUCCUUAAGGAGAUUUUGAGUCUGUCCGUGAAUCUUCCCCGUGACAUAUGCACUCUACCUUCAAGGUUCCUUAUCCUCCUGAAUUGUUCUGCUGGAUGCCGUUUUCCUCUAGCUGGCUUUGUAACUAUAAUCUUGUAAUCUGCCAUCCUUUCCGUCUGUCCCAGAUUCUUGGUCUUUUCAGGCAACGGACACAUCUUACAUAAGGCCAGUAAAACCCACAUCAACAAAACGAUUGCUGCAUAUUCUAGGUUGCUCUGUAGAGAGUGAAAUGGUCACUCUUAGCCUGUAUGGGAACAGAUCAGUAAAGUGGUAUAGAGGUUAAGAGGUUGGAUGAAGACUAAGGAAACUCAAGUUCAGGUUCACGCUCUGCCUUGGAAGUUCAUUGGGUGAUUUUGGAUCAAUUUCUCUCAGCCCAACCUCCCUCUAUGGGUGGCUAUUGUGGGGAUAAAAUGAAGAGAGAUUGGACUUGGGCUUUUGUACAAGUGGGGGGAAUAAUUCUAACCAGUACCAUUUGACAGUGCAAAGUAUAUGUAUUCAGAAGUAAGCAAACUCCCAAGUGAAAGUGUAUCCGAUUGCAGGCUUAAAUCCAGACUUAUGCAAAGGGGUCUUGGGCAUGUUUAUGUUCAAAGAACACGCAGGGAUUAAAAGUACUAGAGGCCUUCCAUGGGAUGGUGUAUGCUCAUGAUGGAAAUUUUUCUCAGGGUUGGAUAUAGUUCUGAAUUACUAUUCGGAAAUAUUUAUACCAAUAAUUAUCAGGGAAGUAAUGGAAUAGUUAAUAUGUGCAAUUGGAACGUGUGUUGUAUGUGUUUGCAGUUGUUAUUUCAGCCAUUUUAUUUGUGUGUUGAGAAGCUGUUUACCUACGAGAAGCCUUUUGUUCUGUUUAGUUUGCAUAGUGGCAUAAUAUUCCUCCUAGUAAGAGUAAUAUUCCUCUUAGAAGAUAAAUAUGUAUUUAGAUAUGCAGUGUGGAACCUGCAAGGUUCUCAGUUAUGAAUUAAAAAAAGUGUUCUGCAGGAUUAGGUUUAAGGUAUAUGCAGAUCACGUACCUUAGGCCUAAUUAUAUUGUUUCUUAUGAAACGAAUAGCACUUUCCCACUGUUCCUCUGAAGUCAGUGAGAUACUGUCUGUGAAUGAGGGGCUGGAUAUAGCAGUCAAGGGUAAGAAUAUCUGGUAGACCAAUCCAAAAUGAAUUUAGCUCCAUUUUAAAUCUGUCCAAUAAGUUGUCUUGCUAAGCAACACCUUGGACAGUGAGCCACAUUGUCUGGAAUAUACUUCCUAAUUUUUUGUUCUGACAAAGAGCCCCCAAAUAAAAUACAGGCAGUCCUCAUUUAGCAACUGGCCCUUUUAGCAAUCGUUUGAUGAAAAAGUAAUGAUCAAUCUUCUCAUUUACAGCCUUUGCAGGUCUGUGAAGCAAUGGAAAGCUGAAGGAAGACCAUGCAAACAAUUGAGAUUUCACUUAGUGACCGCUUUGCCUAACAGUUAAGUUGCUGGUCCAGUUGAGAUGGCUGAACAAGGACUACCUGUAAUCCUUUUGCCAUAACAAAGGUUCUUUCCACAUCUUAUCCCUUGAUGGCCCUUUUAUGCACUUUUCCUAACUGUAAAAUAAAUUGGGGCGGAGGAUGGGGUAAGACUAAGCAGUCUCAGUCGAAACCCGUGAGCUGCCAUUCUCCACUUCCUCAUUUAUUGCCUUGAGUACAGGUAGUCUUCGACUUACAACCACAAUUGAGCCUAACAUUCCCAGGACUCUGCAACCGUCAUAAAUAUGAAUCAGUUGCC